CACAAUUUAUGUAUUUGUAGAUACUUAGUGCAUGCGAGUGGCAUUUGUGCUGGUUAUUCUAUUCUAUCGGCUGUCGUCGUGGCCAUACCUCGGCCGUCGACCAUGUCUCGAGCAUGGACAUUCUUUCUCCUCGACCAGUUACUAACUUACUUGAUCCUGUCUGCCGGUGCUAUAUCGACGGAGGUGGUGUAUUUGGCAUAUAAAGGGGAUGCCUCAAUUACAUGGAGCCAAACAUGUGGAUCAUUUGGUGGUUUCUGCAGGAAAGCCACUGCCUCCAUUGCAAUUACAUUUAUAGUCACACUUUGUUAUGCAGUGCUAUCACUCAUAUCAUCUUACAGGCUAUUCAGCAAAUAUGAUGCACCAGUUCCCUGUAAUAACAAAGGGAUUGAGAUUCCUGCCUUCCAGACCUGAUCACUUAACUAGGUUUCCACAGCAAUGUCAUGUUUGGCAGGUUGGAUAACGAUUAGAUAGUACGGAACGUACUGUGUACCAAACAUGCAUUGUCGAAAAAUAAAUGUAUGAUUUGUAUGCUUUAUAUUCA